AAUUAGGAAGUCCAAUCUUUGACGCUUUGAAGGCAUCUCCAUCAAUGAUUCAUCACGAGGAGUGACACUCAGAGGGACAUCAUCAAUGCGACCCUCCAGCGCUUUAAGCAAACUUAGUGUUGUGGCAGAAAGCACAAUUUCUUGUAUUUAAAAUGUAGCGCAUAUGCAGGCAUCUGUAUUGAGCCCACCACAGUUUCUGUAAAGGGCUUUAUAAGUGCUGAAUAAGUUUGUCAGAGAAGGUCUCCUUGACAUUUCUUAGCAGCAGUGUAUAACCAGGUUGUUUUUCAAGCGUCUUGAUCAGGCCCGCUACAAUCUGAAAUAUCUCAAAAUCAGAAAUGUCCAUGUCCUUCCCCAUGUAGGUUGUCACAUCUGUAAACAGCUAAAGAACUUUAGUGAGUUCCGAAACAACUGAUCUUUCAUGGUCUUUCAGUAACCACAGGCCUGAGUUGAUGAUUGCGAGUAAACAUAAUCUGCGUUGAAUUCCAUCAUGUUAGUAUAUCCUUUUUAAGGGCAUAUGUAUACUUGUUGGGCUCUUGCGGCUGAAGUUCCUGUCGUCAAUGGUGUUCUGCUGAUAGUUUUGUGGAGUGCUUAAAGUAGCCUAAAGUUUUUGGAACUUCUAAAAAAUCUUUGACUUAGACAGUAGGUCUAACACUGGCUUCACGCACAACUGAAGUGAGUUUGCAAGGCAUGACAAGUCGGGCCAAUAGUCACACAAAUUCCCAGUCUUAUCAAUGUUUCUGGCAUUGCUGUGCACACAGGUUUUGAUCUUAUCCGUCUACCCAAACUCACUGACACAGUCCUUGAGGCGAGACUCUUUAGUUUUGGGCAGUAUGAUGUUCUUGUAAUGCGCAUUUCUGUAGAACAUUGGAAUGGAGAUGCCAGUCAUUGUCGAUAAGGUGACACAUCACAUUAAAAUGACUCUCCGUAAAGUUUGAUGUCCACGUAUCUGUUAAUAUGGCGGGGGAAGUCCCUUUCUUCAGCUGCUGAUGGAGAGUUGACUGUUCCUCGUUGUAGCGUUGCUCUAUACGAGCACUAAUGGUGCCACUGCUAAGACUUUAUAAGAUGGGGCUGCUAUGGCCAUCAUCUCCUGAAAACUACUACACUCCACUACAAUCCAGUCUGCAAUCGCACGUGUCAUUCGUUUGGAUGUUGAAGACAACAUCCCAUCAACAGAUGAAGAAAGCUCCUUCAGUCCAACAAUCUUCUAGAUCCUUCAAGGAGGCUGCAGUAUGAUGCAAACAGCAAUUCUGUUGCUCUGCCAGUUGUUGCCACCCCUAACACCAUGGACCAAUCUUUGCUUACUAGGCUUGAACAAGAAAUGACACACAUGCUGGGUCAACAAAUAGAUUUAAAAUUACAAAACAUAGCUUUACCACAGUCAAAAAAAAUAAAUAUUAUGACUCCUAAACAAUCUUUGAAGAUUGGUCUGAAAAACCUUGUUUCAAGAUUAGGAGGUCUUUGGACUGUAGAAGUUGAAGAUGACUUGCCAUCACAUUGGGAAAAGCAUGGUGAUCUUGUUGUUCUGCCAGAUUCUUCCCUUUGUCUACCUAUUUGGACUGCAUUAGGGUCGGAUGUAUGGAUUGAGGUUUGCAGAAGUUUGUCAUGUAAACGAAUAGCAAAGAAGUCCCAUGUAUUAGCUGAUGAGUUCAGAAGACCCUCUGUCACUUUAUUGUAUGGUGAGGAUGGUUGGGUGGAACACAUUGACAACAAAAUCAGAUAUUCCUAUGAUGUCACAAAGUGUAUGUUCAGUGCAGGCAACAUAACAGAAAAACUGCGGAUAGCCAAGUUUGAUUGUUCUCAGGAAGUUGUAGUUGACCUAUAUGCAGGCAUAGGGUAUUUUACAUUGCCCUACUUGGUUCAUGCACAAGCGAAGCAUGUACAUGCAUGUGAAUGGAAUCCAGACGCUAUCCUUGCUCUCAAGCAUAAUCUGCAUCUUAAUAAUGUAGUGGAAAGAUGCACUGUACAUGAAGGAGACAAUAAACAGGUUUGCCCUAGAGGUAUAGCAGAUCGUGUCAAUCUGGGAUUGAUACCCAGCUCUGAAGAAGGCUGGCCAGUUGCAUGUGCAGCUCUCAAACCAUGUGGUGGUACCCUGCAUAUUCAUCAUAAUAUCAACAGCAAACCAUGUGGUGGUACCCUGCAUAAUCACCACAAUAUCAACACCAGCUCUGUUUGCCAGACAGAAUUAGAUUCUGCAGAACAUGUUGGUAGUUCAACGAUAUUCACAGAAAUCUCUGCAAUUGGUGGCAAGGAAACAAGUAAAGAUGGACUAGGACAAGUACUAGAUGAUGAACCUCUGCAAUCUAAAUCAGCAGACAGGUAUCAGAGGUGGAUUAAAUGGGCACAGGGGACUUCCAGAAUUGUAAAGGGACUUCUUGAAACUAUUCAUUGCAAACCUUGGGAAGUAACAAUAUUGCACAUUGAACAUGUGAAGUCGUAUGCUCCUUAUAUAGACCAUGUGGUAUUAGAUUUACGUUGUACAUCUUUUUAAAUAAGAGUGAAUGUUAUUUUAUGAGUUUGAAUGAAUUUGUUAUAUACAUGUAUGUCUCAGGCCAUCAAGGCUUUCAACUGAACCACGUUACCAUUCCAACAUCUUCUAAUCACAACAGUAAUUUGUGCCUGUUGAAAGACCUUUUUGUCAUCAAUCUCUACGUACCCAAUAUGAGAUGUUUUAAAUCAAUUACCGGCAUUUCCCAACUUGCUAUCAAUGCAUUAGUAUGUUCAAUGGUUAACUCAUCUGAUCACAAUGGCUUUAAGGGACUUGUUCAGAGUUUGGUAUAAUGAUAAUUUGAAAAUAAUUGUUAUAUAUCCGAAAAAGAAUGUAUGCAUUAUGUUUAAAGAAGCGAAAUAAUGCUCUGUAGCUCGGUAAAAGACUGAUUCAAGUACAUUGUAGUUAUUCCUAAACAGAUAAGCAUCCUUCAAAAUCAAUAAAAUAAUAAAGAGCUGUACACGCUUUUCCUUGAUUAUUUGGAAAAUACUUCAAGUAUUAGUAUUGGUGAAUUUUUCGCUGAUGCAUACAAAAGACUGCGUAGCGCGUUGGCUUCUGCUUCUAGAGGACUUGGGUUUUAAUCCUGGGGACGGUAUUAUUUUUUAUUCAUUUUUUUUUCUUUCUAUUAUAAGUUAUAACAAGUUAAGACUUAUUAAAACGUUAUAGAUCUAUUAACAAACAUUAUUAAUGAAUUGUUUGUAAUAACUUGAUCUAUGAAUUAGUCCUUAUAGUGAAACCUUGUGAAGAUCUAUGAGUAAGUCCAUAUAGUGUAACCUUGUGAACACUUUUGAAACAGUCAUUUAAAUAUGUUAGUAAGUACCAUCCCUGUAGCAGCAAUACUUUUUAGCUCACCUGAUUGCUCAGGUGAGCUUUUGUGACCGGUCUUUGUCCGUCGUUUGUCCGUCCGUCCGUUAACAUUUGCUCGUAAACACUCUAGAGGCCACAUUUCUUGUCCCAUCUUCAUGAAACUUGGUCAGAAGCUUCGUCCCAAUGAAAUCUUGGCCGAAUUCGAAACUGGGUUGUGCCGGGUCAAAAACUAGGUCACGAGGUCAAAAAAAAGAAAAACCUUGUAAACACUGUAGAAGUAACAUUUCAUGCACAAUCUUCAUGUAACUUUGUAAAAAUGUUUGUCUUAAUGAUAUCUUGGUUGAGUUCAAAAGUGGUGCGAUCCGUUGAAAAACAUGGCCGCCAGUGGGCGGGGCAGUUUUCCUUAUUUGGCUAUAGAGAAACCUUGUAAACACUCAGAUCUCUAGAAGUCACAAUUUUUGCCCAAUCAUCAUGAAAGUUGGUCAAAACAAUGGUUCAAUUGAUGUCUCGUACGAGUUCGAAAAUGGUCGAGAUCGGUAAAAAAAAAAAAACGCCAGUGGGCGGGGCAUUUUUCUCUAUAUGUAUAUACAUGUAGUGGCAGUUUUCCCUAUUUGGCUAUAGAGAAACCUUGUAAACACUCUAAAAGUCACAAUUUUUGCCCAAUCAUCAUGAAAGUUGGUCAAAACAUUGGUUUUAUUAAUAUCGCAGAUGAGUUUGAAAAUGGUCGGGAUCGGUGAAAAAACAUGGCCGCCAGUGGGCGGGGCAUUUUUCUCUAUAUGUAUAUAGUGAAAACAUGUGAACACAGUAGAAGUCACAUUUUUGGCCCAAUUUUCAUGAAAUUUGCUCAGAACAUUUGUUUCCUUGAUACGAGAGUUGAGUUCAAAAAUGGUUCCGGUCAGUUGAAUAACAUGGCUGCUGGGAGGGGGGCAGUUUUCUCAUUAUGCCCCCCCCCUCCCCCGCCCUUUUGAAGAAGAGCGGGUAUUUUUUUGUUUUGCUCAUGUCGGUCUGUCCACCAGAUGGUUUCCAGAUGAUAACUCAAGAGCGCACUUCAUAGGUACAUUGAUCAUGACUCGCAGAUGACCCCUAUUGAUUUUCAGGUCACUAGGUCAAAGGUCAAGGUCACGAUGACCCGAAAUAGUAAAAUGGUUUAUGGAUGAUAACUCAAGAACACUUAUGCCUAGGAUCAUGAAACUUCAUAGAUACAUUGAUCAUGACUCGAAGAUGACCCCUAUUGAUUUUCAGGUCACUAGGUCAAAGGUCAAGGUCAGGGUGACCAAAGCAGUAAAAUGGUUUCCGGAUGAUAACUCAAGAACGCUUUUGCCUAUGAUCAUGAAACUUCAUAGAUGCAUUGAUCGUUACUCGCAGAUAACCCCUAUUGAUUUUCAGGUCACUAGGUUAAAGGUCAAGGUCACGAUGACCCGAAAUAGUAAAAUGGUUUCCGGAUGAAAACUCAAGAACGCUUAUGCCUAGGAUCAUUAAACUUCAUAUGUACAUUGAUCAUGACUCGAAGAUGACCCCUUUUGAUUUUCAGGUCACUAGAUCAAAGGUCAAGGUCACGGUGACCUGAAAUAGUAAAAUGGUUUCUGGAUGAUAACUCAAGAACGCUUAUGCCUAGGAUCAUGAAACUUCAUAGGUACAAUGAUCAUGACUCGCAGAUGACCCAUAAUGAUUUUCAGGUCACUAGGUCAAAGGUCAAGGUCACUGUGACCUGAAAUAGUAAAAUGGUUUCUGGAUGAUAACUCAAGAACGCUUUUGCCUAGGUUCAUGAAACUUCAUAGGUAUAUUGAUCAUGACUCGCAGAUGACCCCUAUUGAUUAUCAGGUCACAAGGUCAAAGGUCAAGGUCACAGUGCCAAAAAACGUAUUCACACAAUGGCUGUCAAGGUCACGGUGACUCAACUUAGAAAAAUGGUUUCCGGAUGAUAACUCAAGAAUGCUUACGCCUAGGAUCAUGAAACUUCAUAGGUACAUUGAUCAUGACUCGCAGAUGAAAUAAUUAUGAAACUUGACCAGGAUGUUUGUCUGGACAAUAUCUUGGUCAGGUUUGACAUUUGGUAAAGAUUGAAUGAACCAACUACUCUCAGGUGUGCGAACUAGGGCCAUCUUGGCCCUCUUGUUUAGUUUAGCACGACCCAAACACCUACAUAUGGACUGAAUACUUGCAAACUGAUGGUUGGACAAGGGUCAAUCUUUUGCCGUCCCCAUCCCUCCCAUCUGUGAGUGAAACCAAAAAACGCAAUUGAAUCGGUUUCAUGAAAACAAUUUGGUUAUUAUUAACUGUAUAUUUUCUAUACAUGUACAUGUAAUAGCAUGUGAUAUAUCUGGAGUCAAUUUCAUUAGUACAGUUUGUAUGUUCUUAUCAUAUGCACAGUAAUGUAUUAAUCCCUAUCACACCUAGGCGCUUUCAACAAGAAAAUUAUUUGCUGUGAUUGGUUCCAUAAACAAGUUAGCAAUGAAAAAACAACGUGAUUUUUAGCUCCACUGGCCAGAGGCCAGCGGGGUUUAUGUCAUGGUCCUGUGUCCGUCGUACGUGCGUGCGUCCGUGUGUGCAUUAACUUUUUAGCUCACCUGAGCAAUCUUGGUUGAGUUCAAAAGUGAUUCUGAUCAGUUGAAAAACAUGGCUGUCAGUGGGCGGGGCAGUUUUCCUUAUUUGGCCAUAGAGAAACCUUGUAAACACUCUAGAAGUCACAAUUUUUGCCCAAUCAUCAUGAAAGUUGGUCAAAACAUUGGUUCAAUUGAUGUCUCUGAUGAGUUCGAAAAUGGUCAAGAUCGGUGAAAAAACAUGGUCGCCAGUGGGCCGGGCAUUUUUCUCUAUAUGUAUAUUAUAUAAGUGGCAGUUUUCCCUUUUUGGCUAUAGAGAAACCUUGUAAACACUCUAGAAGUCACAAUUUUUGCCCAAUCAUCAUGAAAGUUGGUCAAAACAUUGGUUUUAUUGAUUUCUAGGACGAGUUUGAAAAUGGUCAGGAUCGGUGAAAAAACAUGGCCGCCAGUGGGCGGGGCAUUUUUCUCUAUAUGUAUAUAGUGAAAACAUGUGAACACUGUAGAAGUCACAUUUUUGCCCAAUUUUCAUGAAAUUUGCUCAGAACAUUUGUUUCCUUGAUACGAGAGUUGAGUUCAAAAAUGGUUCCGGUCAGUUGAAUAACAUGGCUGCUGGGAGGGGGGCAGUUUUCUAAUUAUGCCCCCCUCCCCCCCCCUUUCGCAGAAGAGGGGGUAUAUUGUUUUGCUCAUGUCGGUCCGUCCGUCCACCAGAUGGUUUCCGGAUGAUAACUCCAGAGCGCUUAUGCCAAGGAUCAUGAAACUUCAUAGGUACAUUGAUCAUGAUUCGCAGAUGACCCCUAUUGAUUUUCAGGUCACUAGGUCAAAGGUCAAGGUCACGAUGACCCGAAAUAGUAAAAUGGUUUCCGGAUGAUAACUCAAGAACGCUUAUGCCUAGGAUCAUGAAACUUCAUAGAUACAUUGAUCAUGACUCGCAGAUGACCCCUAUUGAUUUUCAGGUCAAAGGUCAAGGUCACGGUGACCCAAAGCAGUAAAAUGGUUUCCAGAUGAUAACUCAAGAACGCUUAUGUCUAGGAUCAUGAAACUUCAUAGAUACAUUGAUCGUGACUCGCAGAUAACCCCUAUUGAUUUUCAGGUCACUAGGUUAAAGGUCAAGGUCACGAUGACCCGAAAUAGUAAAAUGGUUUCCGGAUGAUAACUCAAGAACCCUUAUGCCUAGGUUCAUGAAACUUUAUAGGUAUAUUGAUCAUGACUCGCAGAUGACCCCUAUUGAUUAUCAGGUCACUAGGUCAAAGGUCAAGGUAACAGUGCCAAAAAACGUAUUCACACAAGGGCUGUCAAGGUCACAGUGACUCAACUUAGAAAAAUGGUUUCCGGAUGAUAACUCAAGAAUGCUUUCCCCUAGGAUCAUGAAACUUCAUAGGUACAUUGAUCAUGACUCACAGAUGAAAUAAUGAUGAAACUUGACCAGGAUGUUUGUCUGGACAAUAUCUAGGUCAAGUUUGACAUUUGGUUAAGAUUGAAUGAACCGACUCCUUUCAGGUGAGCGAACUAGGGCCAUCUUUGCCCUCUUGCUCUUUAAACAUCUUCUCCUAAACUACAAGUCCAAUUCUGAUAAAACUUCUCACAAAUGUUCCUGGGGUAAACCUCUUUCAAAUUUAUUCCAAUUAUGCCCCUAGGGUCAAAUUUGACCCCGCCCCGGGGGUCAAUUAAUUGAACAUAUGCUUAUAUAAAGCCUAUUUUGUGCAAAAUUUAAAAAUCUUUUUGUCCAUAACCAUUGGGCCUAGUGCUAUCACAUUUGGUAUGUAGUGACAUUUAAUAGUUCUCUACUUUGUUUGUUCAAAUUAUGAAAAAUGAACAUAUGCUUAUAUAAAGCCUAUUUUGUGCAAACUUUAAAAAUGUACUUGUCCAUAACCGUAGGGCCUAGGGCUACCAAAUUCGGUAUGUAGUGACAUCUAAUAGUUCUCUACUUAGUUUGUUCAAAUUAUGCCCCUGGUAUAAAAUUUGACCGUUCCCCAGGGGUCACAAAACUGAAAAUAUGCUUCUAUAAAGCCUCUUUUGUGCAAACUUUAAAAAUCUUCCUGUCCAUAACCAUUGGGCCCAGGGCUACCAAAUUUGAUAGGUAGUGACAUCUUAUAGUUCUCUACUAAGUUUGUUCAAAUUAUGCCCCUUGGGCCAAAUUUAUCCCUUGAAGGCUCCUAUUAAAAAGUUUUUCAAUAAAAUUUGAUUCGUCAAAAAACAUUGCCACAGGAAGUCGUUGAACUUUGCAUGUUUAUGCGUGUUUGCUACUUAUUCAUUAUGGGAUGAAUAAACUAUUUUCUUCUCAAACUAAAAGUUUAUCAAAAUACACUUGGAAUAACUUUUUAAUUAUAAGAGAUAAAUGCAUACAUGUCGAGCAUGAAAGGUAGACCAACAUGUAAACUAUCCAUAAAUGUUAACCCUUUACCAAACGACACAUUUUGGACUGCCCCAAAUUGAAUGAGAUUGCAGACGAGAAAUAAUAUUGUAAAGGACUAUUUAUAAAUUGGCUGGGUGGGGAAGAAAUCAUUGUGAUAAAUGGAGAAAUUGCUCAUUAUGAGCAAUUUCUCCUUUUUGAAACCGGAAGUCCUGUUUUCAAAACGAAAACAAACUCUUCAGAAAGAAAGAGAAAGUCACAUGCUUUAGUACAUUUCAACCAAUGCGCAUUGCACGCUUUUUUCGCAUAAAAAACCAGUGGAGCGAUACAGGGCCAUCAUGGCCCUCUCGUUUUUAAGAGUAGCCGAUUUCAUUUAAUAUGCAUACAAUUAUUUUCUGCAGACAGGGACUCUAAAACGUUAUUGACUGGUUCCAGUCAAAUACUUUAAUUUAUUCAACAAGUACUGUGCAAUAUUUUCUAGCUGUUACAUACAAGUCAAUAUGUUUCAUCUGAUAAAUGUUUUAUUAUGCUCCCCCAAAAAAUUUUAGUCGCCGCUAUGUCUGUCCGUCCGUCCGUGUGUCCGUCCACAAUUUUUGUCCGGGCUAUUUCUCAGCAACUAAUGACCGGAAUUCAAUGAAACUUUAUGGGAAGCUUCACUACCAAGAGAUAAUGUGCAUAUUAUCAGCAGGUUCUGGUUGGAUGAUUUUUCAGAGAGUUAUGGCCCUUUAAAAUUGUCCAUUAACUGUACAUAUAGUGCAAUUCUUGUCCGGGCUAUUUCUCAGCAAUUAAUGUCUGUAAUUCAAUUAAACGUUAUGGGAAGCUUCACUACCAAGAGGAGAUGUGCAUAUUAUCAGCCGGUUCUGGUCGAUUUUUCACAGAGUUAUGGCCCUUUGAAAUUUUCCACUAACUGUACAUAUAGUGCAAUUCUUGUCCGGGCUAUUUCUCAGCAACUAAUGACCAGAAUUCAGUGAAACUUAAUGGGAAGCUUCACUACCAAGAGGAGAUGUGCAUAUUAUCAGCCGGUUCUCAUCGGAUGAUUUUUCACAGAGUUAUGGCCCUUUGAAAUUUUCCAUGGUACAUAUAGUGCAAUUCUUGUCCGGGCUAUUUCUCAGCAACUUAUUACGGGAAAUCAAUGAAACUUAAUGGAAAGCUUCACUACCAACAGGAGAUGUGCAAAUUAUCAGCCGGUUAUGGUCGGAUGAUUUUUCACAGAGUUAUGGCCCUUUGAAAUUUUCUAUAAACUGUACAGAUAGUGCAAUUCUUGUCCGGGCUCUUUCUCCCCAACUACUGACUUGAAUACAAUGAAGCUUUAUGGGAAACUUAACUACCUUGAGGAGAUGCGCAUGUUAAUAGUGGGUUCUGGUUAGAUGAUUUAUUUAGAGAGUUAUAGCCCUUUGAAAUUUUUAAGUUGCUAAACUAUCCUUCGUAUUAUUUUGUCUAAAGUUAUGCCCCUCAAGACGUUUCCUUUUAUCUGAAUAUAUAGUGCAAUAUUGUGACAAAAAAACCUUUGGGGAGCAUCAGCCGUCUCUGACGGUUUCUUGUUUAAAUAAUUGCAGUAAAGACCAAGUUGGCAAUUGCUAAUAAAUUUAAAUUUCAAAACAUGUUAAUUAUAAUACAACUUACAAAUUAAAAUGCACACAAACACCUCAACUUAAGCGGUCAAUAAUAAUGAUAUUGUAAUAAUACACGAUAUACAUGAUAGUGGCAAGCCUACAGUAUUCAAUUUGACUCCAGUGCUUUCAAACAUUGUUUAUACGUUUUUACAAACAAAACGCAUUUAGAUGAAAUAGGCAUAAUUUUUUCAUUGGUCGGAACUAAUGCCAUAUUGGUUUGCAGUAAAUUAUUUCCACUGGCCAGAAGCUUUAAAUUACUCCUUACAUGUGUUCUAAAAGUAAUUGAUAAUAUUAAGUAUACAGACAGAUUUAGACAAAUAAUCUCAAGAAUUGAUGUGUAAAUUAUAAAUAAAACUAAUAUGCUAUGAAUAACAAAAAGUUAAUUGGCACAACCAAGUUUAACAUACCAAAAUGCCUGUGCUAUGUUAAAUUCCAAUACCAAAUGUUUAUUUUUUAAGUAAAUUUUAAAGACCAGAGUACAUGUGGUUUAUUAAAAUAUUUGAUAUGCUGUUAUCAUUUACAUAUCUUUAAACAAGUACGUUUACGAAAAAUUUAUGAGCAAGAUAACAAUGACAGCAACCGCAGCAAUUCCUCCACAUGCGCAGUAAAGUGUGCCUCUAUCUGCAGCUUUCUGUUUAUAAUGCAAACCCUUGUCAGCACCCUGAAACAAUAAUGUGGGUUGUUGUUAGAAGUAAACUAGCAUCUGGCUGUAUAUUACCAUAAAUGUUUUAAUGAGCAUGGUGCGUGUAUUAACACGUAAAUUAAUGGACCUAAGUCACUUCGUCUUGAGCGAUUUUUGCCUACAACACAAUCCCAUCGUGGACAAUGUUUUGUCAGCGAUGACAAUCACCGUGAUCUGUCCAGCGGCGUUUCCAUCGUAAUAGAUUGCGGUGACAAAAAGUGAGCACCCAGUGCAUUAUGGGAAUAUCAAUCUCACGGUGGACCACCGCGGCCACAGUGGUUCACGGUGAAAUACAGUAUAGUUUCUACAUGAAAACUUUACUAGUUGUUUAUUUAAAGAAUUGUUUUUUUGACAUUUGGAAAAUGUGUCUCAUAGCUUGCCAAUAUUAACAUAUACACAUGUUACAUGAACAUGUAAUUUGAUAUCCGAUUAAUUUAUUGAUUUUGUGUUUGUAUUGUUACAUGUAUUUAUUAGAAUAAUAUACAUUCGGCAGUGAGUAUUCUAUUUAGUGAUAUUUUAAUGCAAAAAGAUCAGUUGUUAUGUUGCCGACUGACUAUACAUGUUUAUAACUGUUUUGUUCAGUAACAAGUUCAUUUCGUAAAAAAAAACGUUAUUGAAGGAAUAUUGUGAUAAAUAUUGAUAUAUUCAAUAUCACAAUAUUAAGAUUACUUCUUUCACAAUUUUUAUGCUCCCCCAAUUUUUUUGGGGGGAGCAUAUAGUCGCCGCUUCGUCUGUCCAUGCGUGUGUCCGUCCGUCCGUGCACAAUUUUUGUCCGGGAUAUGUCUCAGCAAUUUAAGACCGGAAUUCAAUUAAACUUUAUGGGAAGCUUCACACCCAAGAGGAGAUGUGCAUAUUAUCAGCCGGUUCUGGUCGGAUGAUUUUUCACAGAGUUAUGGCCCUUUGAAAUUUUCCAUUAACUGUACAUAUAGUGCAAUUCUUGUCCGGGCUAUUGCUCAGCAACUAAUGACCGGAAUUCAAUGAAACAUUUUGGGAAGCUUCACUACCAAGAGGAGAUGUGCAUAUUAUCAGCCGGUUCUCGUCGGAUGAUUUUUCACAGAUUUAUGGCCCUUUGAAAUUUUCUAUAAACUUUACAUAUAGUCAGAGACGUAGAUAACACUGUGUUAUCUACGUCUCUGAUAAAGUGCAAUUCUUGUCCAGGCUAUUUCUCCCAACUUCUGACUGGAAUUCAAUGAAGCUUUAUGGGAAGCUUAACUACCUUGAGGAGAUGCGCAUGUUAUUUCUGGGUUCUGGUUAGAUGAUUAAUUUAGAGAGUUAUGGCCCUUUGAAAUUUUUAAGUUGCUAAACCAUCCAUCGUAUUAUUUUGUCCAAAGUUAUGCCCCUCAAGACGUUUCCUUUUAUCUGAAUAUAUAGUGCAAUAUUGUGACAAAAAAAACCUUUGGGGAGCAUCACCCGUCUCCGACGGUUUCUUGUUUAAAAUAUGUAUCGAAAUCAGUUUUAAUACGAGACAUGUACAAUAAAAAGAUACACCUGUAUUACAAAUUCUUAUUUGUCAUAUCAUGUAUUUUAAUAAAUGUUUAUGAUAAAAAUAAUUAAAAUCUC